GCUCAGUAAAGGUGACCCCCGUGGGGAGGAUGGCGACGGCCCAGGGGAGGAUGAUGGCCUGCGCCCGCCUCUCCCAGGCCCGCGUCCCAGCAGUCGUCGUGUGGCUCCUGUGCGCGCUCGACCUCCUGGGCACCGAGGCAGGGCCGCCGCCCGCGCCCCCCGGGCUGCCCACGGGAGCCCCCUGUCUGGAGCGCUUUACCGCCGGGGUGCCUGCCUUCGUGCUCGAUACCGAGGCCUCGGUCAGCAACGGGGCCACCUUCCUGGGCUCCCCCACCGUGCGCCGCGGCUGGGACUGCGUGCGCGCCUGCUGCACCACCCAGAACUGCAACCUGGCGCUGGUGGAGCUGCAGCCCGACGGCGGGGAGGACGCCAUUGCAGCCUGCUUCCUAAUGAACUGCCUCUACGAGCAGAACUUCGUGUGCAAGUUCGCGCCCAGGGAGGGCUUCAUCAACUACCUCACGCGGGAAGUUUACCAGUCCUACCGCGAGCUGCGGACCCAGGGUUUUGGCGCGCCCCGGAUCCCCAAGGUCCGGGCAGGCAUAGACUUGAAGGUGCAGCCCCAGGAACCCUUGGUGCUGAAGGACAUGGAGAACACAGAUUGGUACCUACUACAGGGUGACACGGAUGUCAGAGUAGAGAAGAAUGAGCCGGACCAGGUGAAGCUGUGGGGACUCAAGGAAGGCACCUACGUGUUCCAGCUGACAGCGGCCCAUUCCAACCAGCCAGAGAGCAUGACCAAUAUCACAGUUACUGUGCUAUCCCCCAAGCAGACAGAAGAAUAUUGCCUCGCAUCCAGCAAGGUGGGCCGCUGCCGCGGUUCCUUCCCGCGCUGGUACUACGACCCCAAAGAACAGAUUUGCAAGAGUUUCGUUUACGGAGGUUGCUUGGGCAAUAAGAACAACUAUCUUCGGGAAGAGGAGUGCAAGCUAGCCUGCAGGGAUGUGCAAGGUGGGCCUUUAUGGGGUAGCUUUGGGGCUCAGGUGACUUUCCCCAUGGGCCCCUCACUGGAAAGGCACGGUCCGGUGUGCUCUGGCACCUGUCACCCUGCCGAGUUCCGCUGCCGCAACGGCUGUUGCAUUGACAGCUUCCUGGAGUGUGACGACACUCCCGACUGCCCCGAUGCCUCCGACGAGGCCACCUGUGAGAAAUACACCAAUGGCUUUGAGGAGCUCCAGAACAUCCACUUCCGCAGUGACAAAGGGCACUGUGUGGACCUGCCAGACACAGGCCUCUGCCAGGAGAACAUUCCACGCUGGUACUACAACCCCUUCAGUGAACGCUGUGCCCGCUUUACCUAUGGUGGCUGUUAUGGCAACAAGAACAACUUUGAGGAGGAGCAGCAGUGUCUUGCGUCCUGUCGCGGUGUCUCCAAGAAGGAUGUUUUUGGGCUCCGGCGGGAAAGCCCCAUUCCUAACAUAGGCUCCGUGGAGGUGGCCAUUGCAGUCCUCCUGGUCACCUGCAUCGUGGUGGUGACAGCCCUGUUGGGUUACUGCUUCUUCAAGGACCAGAGGAAGGGCCUCCACAGAUACGGCCACCGCCGCCAACACUACCACCCUCAGCCCCCUACCCCUGCCAACUCUACGGUCUCCACCACAGAGGACACAGAGCACCUGGUCUAUAACCACACCACCCAGCCCCUCUGAGCCUGGGGCUCUCGCAGCCUCUUUCCAGCUCUUGCCUGGCCCUGCUUCCUCCUCACCAAGAUGGAAGCCUGGGCCGGGGAAAACUGCGGGACCAGACUCCUACAGCCUGGUUCCCAGGCCCACUCUGCUUCUGAGGCAGGGCUCUAGCCCCUCUGGGAGACAUCUCAACGAAGCCUCGGCCUCCCAUUCCUGACAAAGCUCCAGGGUCUAGGAGGAGCCGAAAACCUUUGAGCCGAGUCCCACACACAGAUGGACCUGUUUGCCUAGGAUUUCAGAAGAAGUUGGAGUUUUGUUUCUUGGUCACAGUGGCCUGUCCCCACCCUGUGGCAUUGGGAAGGGGCCUGUGGUAAUGUCAGAAACUGGAGGUCCCCCAAGCCCUCCCCUUCCCACUCUGCACAGACCAGGGCUAGGGUCAAGGACGUCCCUGUAUAUUUUGCGCUGUAAAGUUGCUUUUUUGUUUAUUUAAUGUCAUGGGGAUGGGUAAGAGGAGUGGAAAGAGGCUGCCUCUUCCCUUCCUCCAAGAAUGAGGCCUGGCCCCGCCAGCCAGCAACUGCUGUGUCCUCCCCACAUGCCCCAGGGCUCUCAGGCUUCACACCCCCACCCGCUCCCCUGCCUUCCACAGGCCCCAGUCUACCCACAGGGUAAUAAAAUGGUUGGUUCUGUGAG